UUGGUUCAGCUCUGCCGUUAGCCGUUUGCCGUCAACGUGAUGCUAAACCUCUCUAAUGACAACCAUUGUACAGUUAAUCGUCAGUACUAAUCACAUAUACUUUCACUAGCGUUGCCUGUGGUUUUGGUGGAGCUCUCUUUGUAUAUACACACCGCAAGAUUGUUAACCUUGUCAGGAUGCAUCGCAAGACGAAGGUUGCAAGAUUUCUACAAAGCAACCGGUUCAUUUAUCCAGCUCUCGUAACGUUUAUCAUCGCAACGAUAACUUUCCCGCAAGGAAUGGGGCAGUUCAUGGCGGGCUCGUUAACACAGAAGAAAGCGCUAGAUGAGCUCUUCUCCAAUACCACGUGGUCGAUAGCGAAAACUUCAAAGGAUGCGGCGGAUAUUGAAGUCCUUAAGCAUUGGGAYGGCGCUAAUACCAACAUCUACAUAUCACUUGUUAUAUUUAUAGUCCUUAAGUUUCUUAUGACAGCUGUUGCUGUUGCACUUCCUUUACCUGCUGGUGUGUUCUUUCCUGUUUUCGUCAUAGGUGCUGCAUUUGGCCGUUUAGUGGGAGAAGCAAUGGCGACUUGGUUCCCUGACGGUAUUCGAGACGGCGAUAUUGUUAGUUUAGUAGUUCCUGGAGGAUAUGCCGUUGUAG